CAAUCUUUUCUCUGUUUUCUCCCUUCUUCGUUCUGGAGAUAUUGGAGCUGACACUCGCUCGAAGAGUGCCCUUGUGCUAACCGGUCAUUUUGUAGGAAGAACGUAUCAUGUAUGGUCCACAAACGUUUCCAUCUCAUCAGUCAACGCUACUGUGGCUCAGCUGUUAGAUACCGGAAACCUAGUCUUGAUCCAAAACGAUGACAAGAGGGUUGUUUGGCAAAGCUUCGAUCACCCGACAUACACCAUUCUUCCCCACAUGAAGCUAGGACUUGACCGGAGAACUGGGUUGAAUCGGUUCUUAACAUCUUGGAAGUCACCGGAAGACCCGGGAGCAGGUGAAUACUCGUUUAAGUUGGAUGUGAAUGGAUCUCCUCAACUGUUCUUGUCUAUGGGUUCCAAGUGGAUUUGGCGAACGGGCCCCUGGAACGGUCUUGGAUUCGUGGGUGUGCCGGAGAUGUUAACUACCUUCAUAUUCGACAUCCGGUUUUGGAACACUGGGGAUGAGGUCUCGAUGGAAUUCACCCUCGUGAAUUCUUCCACUUUCUCAAGCAUUAAGUUGGGCAGUGAUGGACUCUACCAGCGCUACACGUUGGACGAACGAAACCACCAAUUGGUAGCGAUCCGGUCGGCGGCGAGGGACCCCUGCGACAACUACGGUCGGUGUGGGCUCAACAGCAACUGCGACGUCUACACAGGAGCUGGCUUUGAGUGCACAUGCCUUGCGGGAUUCGAGCCCAAGUCGCAACGUGACUGGUCCUUGAGAGACGGGUCGGGUGGGUGUGUGAGGAUCCAAGGCACGAAUACCUGUAGGAGUGGGGAAGGGUUCAUAAAAAUAGCAGGUGUGAAGCCACCAGAUGCAUCGACGGCACGUGUUAACGAGAGUUUGAACUUGGAAGGCUGUAAAAAGGAGUGCUUGAAUGACUGUAACUGCCGUGCAUGCACUAGCGCUGAUGUGAGCACAGGAGGAAGUGGGUGCUUGUCUUGGUACGGGGAUUUAAUGGACAUCAGAACCUUAGCCCAAGGGGGCCAAGAUUUAUUUGUUCGCGUGGAUGCUAUUAUUUUAGAAAAUGAAAGAAAAAAAACUUUCUUUCACAAGAAGAUGAUGAUAGUGAUUCUCGCCGUCGGGGUUGUUUUCUUCAUGAUUCCCACGAUUUGUUCAUCUUGGUUGAUAAUGAAGAAAAGAAAAGGUAAAGGAAGACAAUGUAAAACGUUGUUUAAUAUGAGCUCAAAAGCUACAAGGCUCAAACACUAUUCAAAAGCAAAGGAGAUAGAUGAAAAUGGAGAAAAUUCUGAAUUACAAUUCUUUGAUCUAAGCAUUGUAAUUGCAGCAACAAAUAAUUUCUCUUUUACUAACAAACUUGGACGAGGUGGUUUUGGCACAGUUUAUAAGGGUCUACUAUCCAAUGGACAAGAAAUAGCUGUGAAAAGAUUAUCAAGGAAUUCAGGACAAGGAGUAGAAGAAUUUAAGAAUGAAGUCACUCUAAUUGCAAAACUCCAACACAAGAAUCUUGUGAAGCUUCUAAGUUGUUGUAUUGAAGAAGAAGAGAAAAUGCUAAUCUAUGAGUACUUGCCAAACAAAAGCUUUGACUAUUUCAUUUUUGAUGAAACAAAAAGAUCAAUGUUGACUUGGAGGAAGCGCUUUGAAAUCAUUAUUGGAAUUGCUCGAGGGAUAUUAUAUCUUCAUCAAGACUCAAGAUUAAGAAUCAUACAUAGAGAUCUAAAAGCAAGCAAUAUUCUAUUAGAUAUUGAUAUGAUCCCAAAAAUUUCAGAUUUUGGCAUGGCUAGAUUAUUUGGCAAGAAUCAAGUUGAAGGAAGCACAAAUCGGGUAGUUGGAACAUAUGGUUAUAUGUCACCUGAGUAUGCAAUGGAAGGACUAUUUUCAAUAAAGUCUGAUGUAUAUAGCUUUGGGGUUUUGCUAUUAGAGAUUAUUACUGGGAGAAGAAACUCGACUUAUUAUCAUGAUAGUCCAUCUUUCAACUUAGUUGGAUGUGUUUGGAGCCUAUGGAGAGAAGGCAAAGCCUUGGAUAUAGUAGAUCCAUCACUAGAAAAGUCAAAUCAUGCAAAUGAAGUAUUGAGAUGCAUCCAAAUUGGACUCUUAUGUGUCCAAGAAUCUGCAAUAGAUCGACCUACCAUGUUGACAAUUAUUUUCAUGUUGGGUAAUAACUCUACUCUUCCUCUUCCUAACCAACCUGCAUUUGUUAUGAAAACAUGUCAUAAUGGUGCAAACUCAUUUAAUGUAGUAGUCAAUUCUAUAAAUGAGGUAACAAUAACUAUGGAUGCACGCUAAAUGCUCAAACUCUCAUAUGUAAAUUUAUUUACCAUGACAAGAGAUUGUGCACACAAUAUCAUUAAAUUUAUUUAUUUUUAUAGAUCACUUUUUAUA